AUGCUCGAGCUCUUUCAAGAUGGAGAGCAUUUGCUGAUUUGCAAUGACAAAAAAGGUCCAAAAGGUCCUCUGGAGCCUUCGAUAGGCUCUUGCUCCCCCCCCCUUUGGAUCCACCAACCCGGCCGUCCUAAACGACCCGAGAACCCAGUCCUGGACUUCUCGCCAGUCUCCUCAUUCCCAAGAUUUCCCCAGUCUCGAUUUUCCACUUCUCAGGGACCUGACCUGGAUCCCAAAGGGCCUCAACUGGACCCUACCUGGCCGAAAAAGGGUAAAGACGCAGCUCCCGCCCGGCCAAACUCCACACCCCGCACUUUGCCAACAACUGCGCCAACCAGUCAUCAAAGAAUCGACGAAUCCGGCUGUCGGCUGCUAUCCUGUCCGGCCCUAGGCGUGCCACCGCCGAAAUCGUCCAGGCCCUCCGGCUUUAUGGGCAGGUUUGGACUUCCACUACUCGGCGACGUCAACAUCGAAGAGGGCAUGACAACACAGCUCAGCCAGAUGACGACGCGACGGCAACAACGAGUGCCACCAUCCAUCUGA